AUGAGCUCGAUUGGCGGUGCGGGGAUUGGCGCGGGCUUGUAUGCCGCGGUGGGCAAUCCAGGGCAGGUCUUUUCUCAGCCUGAGGAAGCAGCCGCGAAGGCGCAUCACUUAAGGAACGGCAAGGGGUUCACAAAUCCGUGGGAUAGUUAUGGGGAGAUGAGUGCGCUGUCAAUCUUCUGGGGGAUAUUCUCCCGCAGACUCACAGGCAAAGCAAACAAGCCGGAUACCACACCUCCGACCGUACCGGUCCAAACUCCCAGUUUCCUUCCCACCCGCCAGACACCGAAGCUCAGAGCUACAUGGCUCGGCCACGCAUGCUACUACGUCGAGUUCCCCGGCGGGCUGCGUGUGCUCUUCGACCCUGUGUUCGAGGACUGCUGCGCGCCCAUCAACAUCAAGAGCCUGAAGCGCUUCACGCCACCGCCAUGCGAGCUGGAGGAUCUGCCUGCUGUGGACGUGGUCGUUAUCAGUCAUAACCACUACGACCACCUCAGCUACCCGACACUGCAACGCAUUCAGAAGAAGUUCCCCGAGGCGCACUACUUCGCACCGCUGGGUAACAAAGCAUGGUUCCACAAAUGCGGCGUCGACAAGGUCACAGAACUCGACUGGUGGGAGAGCCGCUCCGUGACCCUCGAAGCCGUCGCAAGCUCCGCCAAAAGCGCCCGCACAGGCUCCGUUUCCGUCGCCGACGGAGCCGCGCAAGGCGGCAUCAGCGCCACCAUCUCCGCGCUGCCCUGCCAGCACGUCUCAGCACGCACGCCCUUUGACAAAUGUAAAACGCUCUGGGCAUCCUGGGCCGUCGAGUCCGGCGGCGCCAAAGUCUACUUCGCCGGCGACACGGGGUAUCGCACCGUGCCUUUCCUGCCGGACGGCGUCGACGACUACGGCCCGGAGUUCGCACACCUCCCUGUCUGUCCUGCGUUCAAGCACAUUGGCCUGCAUCGCGGCCCGUUUGAUCUCGGCCUCAUCCCGAUCGGCGCGUAUCAGCCCCGUUGGCUGUUCAGCAACGUGCACGCUGACCCCAAGGAUGCGGUUAAUAUCUUUGUCGACACGGGGUGUAGAUCCGCGCUGGGCAUGCAUUGGGGCACGUGGGUGCUGACUGAGGAGGAAGUCAUGGAGCCUCCACAGAAGCUGAGGGAGGCGCUUCGGUGGAAGGGUGUCCAGGAGGGGAGGUUUGGGGUUGUUGAUAUUGGCGAGAGUCGCGAGUUUGAGAGCGGGAAGUAG